AUGAUCCAAAGUCAAGAUCGUACUGACCCUGUAAAGAAUGGUGAGCCUGCAUUUGCUGGUGAACAAACUGGCAAAGACCAAUUCGCUGAGCAAAAGAAGAGUAUCAACAAAAAAGGUCACCCUGGAGGGGAUUCCAAAAGCUCGAAAGAAAAGUAUGGCAAUACUGAAAAUGAUUAUCAUCCCGGUUUUGGCGGAAAUAAAGAUGACGUCAAGGAGUACAAUAAGAAAGUGCAAACAGGGCCAGAACAGCAAGUAAAUUCGGCAUCUACUCAGCCAAAGCCCAUCCCAUCGCAACACCCUCAUGGAAAGGUUCAUGUAAGAGAUCAAUUAACAUUCUCUUGGCAAAGAGUCGGAGGUUGGGAUGUCGAUGUGGACACAGACAAGAAGAAGUUGUUGAAGAAUGCCAAAACAGUUGAAGGAUAUAUAAUUGACCACUUUUAUGGUGAUUGGUAUUGGAAUACAUCUCUUAUGUUGGGAACAUGCCUUUUUGCAUGGUUGGUUGCCAGGUUAGGAGGAGGAAUAUUAUCAUUGGGACUUGUUUUGUUAUUUACAAAUUCAAUCUAUCGUGGAGAAUUCAGAAGGUUCAAUCGUAAUAUUAGAGACGACAUGAAGAGAGUUAAGGCUGACAAUAGGCUAGUUAACCAAUUAGAAACUAUGGAAUGGAUGAACUCGUUUUUAGAUAAAUUUUGGGUUAUCUACAUGCCUGCUUUAUCUGAACAAGUCAUGUUCCAAGCCAAUGAGAUCCUUAAAGAUCAGGCACCUGGAUUCGGUAUUGAAAAAUUGUCGUUGGAUGAAUUUACAUUGGGUUCUAAAGCUCCUCGUGUUGACUCAAUAAAGUCAUAUCCACAAAGUCGCCACGAUGUUAUUGAAAUGGAUUGGGCAUUCUCCUUUGCUCCAAAUGAUACUGAUGACAUGACUAAGAAUGAAAUCAAGAGAAAGAUUGACCCAAAAGUUGCUCUAGGUGUCACUGUUGGUAAAGCAUUUAUUUCAAAGUCUUUGCCCAUUUUGGUUGAGGAUAUGACGUUUACUGGUAGAAUGAAGGUUAAAUUGAAGCUUUCGUUAAAUUUUCCUCAUGUUAAGAUUGUUUCUAUUCAAUUUUUGGAACCACCAAAUAUUGAUUAUGUUUUGAAGCCUAUUGGAGGUGAUACUUUGGGUCUCGACAUUAUGUCAUUUAUCCCAGGGUUGUCCAAAUUCGUGAAUGGUAUUAUCCACUCUACCUUGAGACCUAUGCUUUAUGCUCCAAACUCACUUGAUAUCAAUGUCGAAGAACUAUUGGAAGGUCAAUCUAACGACUCCAUAGGUGUUGUUGCUGUAUACAUCAAGUCAUGCAAGAAUUUAAAAACAGGACAAACCACCAAAGCCAAUAGCAUCAACCCAUAUGUACAAAUCAAGGUUUCUAACAAUGGUGAUAUUGACGAGAGAACUAAGGUUAAGAAGCAGGUUAAUGAUCCAGUGUUCUUGGAACACAAAUACAUAUUGGUCAACCAAUUAGAGGGUAACUUCUUCAACUUUAACGUGUUCCACUUGUUAGAGGAUCAAGCAGAUGAUCAGUUGAUUGGUAACUGUGAGUUCCCAAUGGGAGAAUUCUUACAAGAAGAGAAUCAAGUAGGUAUUGUUAAGAACAUCAUGGAAGGGGGAAAAGUUGUUGGAAAGUUAGAAUUGGAUAUGAAGUAUUUUCCAACGAUGCAACCAAUGGAGCUUGACGACGGUACUAAGGAGGUUAUUACUGAUUCUGAGGUUGGUAUAAUGAAGAUUACCUUACAUGAGGCAAGAGAUUUAGAUAUUUCAAAAUCUGUCAUUGGUUUGUUGAAUCCAUAUGCAGAGAUCUAUGUUAACAACGAAUUGGUGAAGACAUGCCGUAAAUUGAGACAAACUAAUGAACCAUCGUGGGAGCAAUCAUUUGAAAGUUUAAUUACUCAACAGACUGAAACUUCCAUUCAAGUUCUUGUACGUGACACUGUCGAUAAUGGUAUCGUUGCCAAUUUGGAAGCAAAUUUGCAAGACCUUGUGUUUGAAAGUGGAAGGGGACAACUGUGGAUUACAUGCCCUGCCCUUUCUGAAAAUUUGCCCCCUCCUCAGAUUCGUGUUAGUGCAGGCUGGAAACCUUUGGCGGUUGAUGAGGAUACCAGCUCCAAGGUGAUUACCCCUGCUCCUGUUGGUGGUAUCAGAAUCCACUUGAGAGGAGCCAAAGGAUUGAAGAAUUUAGAAUCUGUUGGAUAUGUUGAUCCAUACGUGAGGUUGAUUAUGAAUGGUAAGUUGAGAGGUAAAACAGUGACCUUUGCUGAAACAGUCAAUCCUCAAUGGAAUGCAGUUUACUUUUUGCCGGUACUAAACCCCCACCUGCACUACUUGUUGGAGAUCAUGGAUGCUGAACCAGAAGGUAAGGAUAGAUCAUUGGGUACCGCCGCAAUUAAUGCUGCUGACUUUUUACGAAAGAAUGAUGAAGGUUACUAUCUUGGUUACGAUGGUGCAGAUGAAAUCAUUGAGCAGCCCGUUUUGUUUGAAGGAGAACCAUGUGGAACUCUCUUCUAUUCUGUUUCCUUUUUCCCAACCAUCAAUGCUUAUUCUCUAUCUGAAUUGCACAAUUUGGAUGCAUAUGAGGAGCAGAAAAGAUUGAAGGAGAAGCGAGAAGAGGAACAGUACAAGAAGGAUGAAGAGACAUUUAAAAAGAACCCUGGUGAGUACGAAUGGAUCGAAACCGAGGAAGAUGCAAUGGCUGAGCCUCCGAAGAUUAAACUUAAAUUGGCUGAUGCUGUUAAAUACAGGGCUGGGGAUAUGGCAGUACAUCUUCUUGGUGGAAAGUUCCAUAAAAAUGAUGUGUACGUGCAAACUAUUUUUGACGAACAUGCUUAUCCUUCAGGUGUGUCACCAAAGGUUGAAAACAGAAGGUUAGCUACCAAGUCAAUUGGGGAAACAUUUAUCAGAGAUUUACCCAAUUCCAAAUUGAUUUUCAGAAUCACUAAGAAGGUGGAGGUGACCCAUCAAAAAGAUAUUUUAGUUGAGCAAACCUUUGAUACAAUUGAUCUUUAUGAAAAGUCGUUUAAAAAGCCAAUCACUCUUCAUCUUGGACCAAAGGAUACUAUCGAAGUCCAACUCGAAUAUAUACCAUCAAUUGCUAAGUUGGCACCAUUGGAUACUAUCUUGGAUGUCGGUAUUUGCAAAUUGGAAAUUAUUGGAGCCAAGAAUAUACCAUCAGUUGACUCCAAUGGUAAAUCAGAUCCUUUGUGUAUGGUCAAAUUGGAUGGGGUUGAGAUUUUCAAAACUGACAAGAAACGUAGGACUUUGGACCCACUUUGGAAUGAGGCAGUCGAUUUCCCAAUGAUUUCGAGAUCUAGACAAGUGUUGCUUCUUGAAGUGUACGAUUGGGAUCUUACGCAUGACUUGGAAUUAUUGGGUAUAGCAAAUCUCGAUUUGUCCAGCAUUCCUGCAUUGACAACCACACCGUUCACAGUUAAUUUGGAUACACAAGGAACACUUGACUUGAGAGCUACGUUCUUCCCUGAAUAUGUUAGACCACCCGUUGAAUCAAAGGAAGCUAUUCCUGUUGAUCUUAGUAUGGUACAUCAAACUUCGAUGAAGGCAGUUGGCAAUGUCACUGAUUUUGCUACUGGAGCUGUUGGUACAGGACUCGGUGCUGGUGCUGAUGCAAUAAGCAAAGGUGACAAGUUCUUCAAAGGACUCAGAGGUAAGAGAAAAUCAAAGAAGGAUGAUGAUCUGGCUAGUAAAGCCGAUGAUGAUAGGUCUGUUGCUCCUAGUCAUACCACAGGCAGUGAACGAAGCGGAGUCAAGAGCGAUAAAUCAACGCAACAGAAGCAAGAAAAUGGCGAAGGUCAGGAGGAAGGUGGUGAAGAAGACAUUCCAGAGGAAGAAAAGGAAUUCAGAGAAGCUCAAGACGCUGAGAUAUCUAGUGUUAUUGCCGCACCAAACAUUCGUGAGGAACCAUUACCUCCACCACAAAAGCCUAUCCUUGGACAUAAUAGGAACGUUAGUAGUGCAACAGAAGCUUCAAGUUUUGCUGCCAGUGUACACGGCGAAGAUGCCAUCCCUGGUAGACUCACAAUUGUGGAGGCCAGGGGCUACUCUAAUCCAACAUUGGAUGUCAAGGCUGUGUUGAAAACAACAACUAAGGAGAAAGCAUUGCUCAAAACCAGGAGUGCUAAACAUGAUAAGAGUACAAAUUCUUACAAAUGGAGUGAAAGUGUACCUUUCAAAUCUGCCCCUACAGGGCAGUUGAUCCUCACUGUAAGACAGCCACAUACUUUCGGAAAGAGUGAGACUGUAGCCGAAGCGGUGGUCAAUUUGAGUCAUUACAUCAAUGUUAACGAGAACAUACCAAUUCCUACUGGUCAUGGUGAGAUUGUUAUCAAUUUGAAGUACUUCACUUAG